GAGAGAAGCUCAGCAAACAGGCAAAGCCCAACUUCUAGCCCCCAACAAAGCGCCGUCACCCCGGGCUGCCUCCUCCGCCCGCACCGCAGGCCCGGCCUCGCCACAGUCACUCUGAGGAGAAGUUGUUGUUUUUUUCUUUCUGUCCCCGUAACUCGCCCUGGAUUUUGAGAGCAGUGACAGAUGACAGAGCCGGAGUUUCCGUGCCCUCUACAAGGGGAUAUUGGAGCCCAUUGACUGGCAAGCUUCAGUAGAGGGUUCUUGCAGUCCCCAGUAUGGCAGCAGGUCCGGUUUCUAAAUAGUGUGGAGAUGGACAGAGACAAUCGGAGCUUCAAUCCAAGAUCUCGUUUGAAGACCAUUCUACAUAACUUUCCUGACAUUUGUACAUUGUACAAUAGUAUUGAAAAGUAUGAUGGCCGUUGAAGGCACUAUUUUGGUAAAAAUAAAAAUCUAGGAAAAUAUCCAACAUUUACCACAUCUUCUCCACCCAGUAAUUACCGGGACCCAUCUGUGUUACACAUUGGUUCAGGUCUGUGAAGCUUGGCGCGUGGCCGUUAAGCUUGUUAAAUAGCAUACGACUAAAUACAGAAGUCUCCUGCCAGUUACUCCUGGAUAGGCGUUGGAUUUCCUACCUGAUGUUUUGCUGUUAAUGGAACGAAAGAAACAGUUUGACAUGGAACUACGUGAAUCAGCUUCUAAGUCAAGUAAAAAUGAUAUGGACGACGACAAACCAACCAGUUUUAGUUGUGUUAUAUGUGGGAAAAGUUUCCCUUUCCAGAGCUCCCUCUCUCAGCACAUGCGAAAGCAUACAGGGGAAAAGCCAUAUAAAUGUCCUUACUGUGACCAUAGGGCUGCACAGAAAGGAAACUUGAAGAUACACCUCCGAACCCACAGGACUGGUACACUUGGCCAGGUUAAUGAUGCUGAAAUGGGCGAUUCACAUGUUGGAGAGCUAGGUGCUUCGGAAGGUAUGGGCGUAUGUGCAAGUCCUACAAAAAGCACCUCUGCUUGUAACAAAAUUCUCAAUGGCUCCCUCCAAAUGGAGGACUCCGAUAUAGUUGAUGACGACACACUAGGUGACUACAACUGUAUGUUUUGCAAAAGCAAGUACGACCGUAGGAAGGAGCUUGAUCAACAUCUCAUACAAGUGCACAAGCCAUAUAAAUGCAGGUUUUGCAAUUACAUGACUUUACGAGAGGAAACUUUGUUAAACCACAUUGAGAAAGACCAUAUCACGACAGCAAUUCCUUUGAAUCGCGAUGCAUACUCCGAAAAUGGGAAAGGUGAACAUAAUUCUGGCGAGUUCCCUUGUGAAAUCUGUGGCCAGGCUUUUGGUCAAGCAUGGUUCCUUAAAGCUCAUAUGAAAAAGCAUCGGGGAUCCUUUGACCAUGGUUGCCAUAUAUGUGGCAGGAGAUUUAAGGAGCCUUGGUUUCUAAAAAACCACAUGAAAUCUCACGGCCCCAAGACUGGGAACAAAAACAAACCCAAAUCGGAAAGUGAACAAGUAGCCACUAUAAAUGAUGUUGUUCAGGAAGAAACGAUAGUGACAGGUUUAUGUCUUUAUGAAGUUUGUGUGAAAUGUGGAAAUUUAUUUACAAAUCUCGAAAGCCUUAGCGCACACAAUUUGAUCCACUGCAAAAUGGAAGAACACGCUGAUGACAAAACUGUGCUCAAACGUGAGAUAUUACACAAUGCAAGUUCAGAGGCACCUCCCUCCAAACAAUGUUUCUUAGACUAUCUGCAAUUGAAACCUUUAGGAGAUGCACCUAAAAGUACAGAUGAAGAACAGGGGAAGAGAGUACCUGAAUUUGACCCAGUCAAUAGCUAUCAAGCUUGGCAGCUGGCCACCAGGGGCAAAGUUGCAGAACCAUCAGAGUAUGUCAAGUACUUGGGAUGGGAUGAAACCUUGGCUGAUGCAGAUGUCUCUUAUGAUAGAGAUAAAGGUGAAUAUGUCCUUGUCAAUCAGGAGAAGCGUAAACGGGAGCCCGAAAGUAACAAUGCCAGCAAUCCAAAGAGACGUAGCUGCUCAAGUGGAAGCCGCACAGAGAAAAGCAGCAUGCAGCCUGGAGAAAAUGUUGUGGAGACACCUAAUGAUUUAGAAUUUAGACCUCCUUCACGUCAGAGCCGCAGAGCCUCUCAGAACAAAUCUACCGAAUGCUUUGAGUGUGGAAAGAUUUUCAGGACGUACCAUCAAAUGGUGCUUCAUUCCAGGGUUCAUCGAAAAGAGCGUACAAGUCUGAGUGAGAGUGGUUCAGUUUCUCAGCAUGACAGAGAUGGAUCAAAUAGCGAGGGUGACUCUGCUAGUAGACCCAGUAGUCCUGACUCUGCUUCUGCUCCAGAAGACUCUUUGGCAUAUGGCAUUGGGGAUGACGGAGCUGAUGAUGAUAGCUUUGAGGAAGCAACCACAUCAUCACCAGGGUUGAAGCCAUACCACCAUGAUUUUUCUGCUAUGGAUAUGGAAAUACCCAGUGCAAACCAUCAGACCUUCAAAUCUGAAGACACCAGCAAAUGUGAACACCUGGAGCUGCCAAGUCCUACUUUUGUCUCUGAUCAGCAUCCAGACCUUUCUUUGGUGAAAAACGAAUAUCCCUCCGACUUAAUAGUACCAGCAUUCAAAUACAACAAAGACCCUCACAGACCCAGUCAGAAUAUUAGCUCUUCCCAUUCUGUAAUACAAAAUAGCCUGGAAACGGUUAAUACAAAAAAACAUUUGUCCUCAGAACUAACGCCUUCAAAUGGAUCAGCACUUGACCUGCUGAGAGAAAACUCAGCAUUACAAAAUAUUGGUGCAGAGAACCAUGAGCUUGUUCCUUUGAAUUUAAGUGAAAAAUCAAGCAGGAGCGAGGUUUGUAGUAAAAGUGCUACUGAUGCAUUGCAAGCUACACUGGUUGUCCAUCAGUGUCCCUACUGUAGUCAUAAGACUUAUUACCCUGAAGUUUUGUGGAUGCACAAAAGAAUUUGGCAUAAAGUCAGCUGUAACUCCAUGGCUCCUCAGUGGGUUCAACAAAAUGGCUUCAAAAAUUUGAAAAAUAAUGUUCUUUUUCUAGUCAGGAACGGGCGCACAGGACCUCCUCCAGCUCUUGGCGGCAAAGAAUGUCAACCAUUACCUAUAGCAAGGUUUACACGUACACAGAUGCCAAAUCAGCCUUCAGCAUCCAAAAGCAACUCGUCAAAUUUGGAAAAUAAUCCUAAGACGUGCGCCACUCAGGUGCGUGUUAACUCCCGUGGCAUCAAUGGGCCUAAAGCAUCAAACUCUGAUGCGCAGCGACAGCCUAAGGUAGCACCUGCUCAGGAACAAUACAGCACAGCGGUCCAGCCACCAGGAUCAAAAGUCAAAUAUGACUCCAGUCCUAAACUGACCCAAACUGGAAGUUACAUGAGAAAUCAUCCACCUCUCCAGGCAUCAGUGGUGCGGCAAGUUCUGCAGCCUUCUAGCAGUAAACAAGCUGAAAAAUACAUGAUGUCCCAGGGAGUCUCCAGUUUUGGAUCCCCAAAUAAACUGUCCGUGUCUGAUGCAAUAAAAACGAAAUUCACGCUGUCGCAGACGCAGUUUCCAUUCCAGAAAGUAGAGCCACAUGUUAAACAGGAGAGCCCUGCAGUGCCUCAAAGGGAAUCUCAGGCCAAGAUUAUUAAUGAACUUGGAACCAUGCCCAACAGUAGUGCUGGGCCCAAGACGAGCCCCGUUUUACAAACUCAGCUGAGUGGAACUCCUUCCCCUUUUCAACCAAUAAAGCAGGAGCCUGUGGCUGAGGGCCUGGAAAAGCGAGUAGACAUUCUAAAUAUCUUCAAGACCUACAUUCCAAAGGACCUAGCAACACUGUACCAAAGUUGGGGAGCCAAUAGCAGCUUGGAAAAUGCAGCAAUGCUUAGGACACAGGCACGGCAAGGAGACUACGUUUGCAUCGAGUGUGGGAAAUGUUUCACCCAGCCAAGCCACUUGCGGACCCAUAUGAGGUCUCAUACAGGGGAGAGACCAUUCCAGUGCAGAUAUUGUCCAUACAGUGCCUCUCAAAAAGGGAACCUAAAGACACAUGUGCAGUGCGUGCAUCGGGUACCUUUCGACAACAGCGAGUACCCCGACAAGCAACUUCUUCAACCCCAAGGUGACAAUCCCAACACUUACAUGGAGGAACAGCUGGAAAAUUUGCCUUCCAAUCAUCAAGUCCCUGGGGCUGUUGUAUUAAACUGAAGAAAACAUGACUUGUGUUUGACCUACCCUUAGCGCAGGAGUGUAUCUGUGCUACGUAACAAUUUAUACUAAAUGAAGAUGUAGGAGAAAAUGCAUCCAUAUCAUUUUAAUUCCUAUUUUAGUUUGAAAGUUUGCGACUUUGUUUUUAAAAAUGGCCGAUGCUGAGAUGACCUAAGACACUUACAAAUGCAGCAGAUUCUCACCAGACACUGGAUGGAAGGACCGGUACAGCAUGACACAAUUUGGACCAUUUGUAACUGUAAGCACUGAUCUGUUACCGACUUCUGCUUGUGAGUAUGACAAGGGGGUAACGGACGAGGCACAAGAAAUGCUUUGAAUUCCUCUACCACUGAUUUGCUAAAAGCCAGACUGCUCAGUGAUGUUGCAUACUAAUAUGCAGUUGCUUGAUCUGAAGACGUUGCUCUGAUGUUUCUGGUCUCGCGUCCGAGGAUGUUCCUUAUGGAGAUGGGAAUGAACAGCGAAACACUUAACAUUAUGUUCCAGGAACACUAAUACAGGGGGGCGAGUCUAUUCAUUUUACUCUCAGGACCUUUUUAUAAUAGGGCUACUUUCUUAAACGUGCGCAUAAGAUUAUGCAAGUCGUUAUUUUUUUUUAUUUUUUUUUUCUUUUAUUACCACACAUCAGCUGCAGAUUUUAGUACUGUACUAGGUAGGUAGAAAAUUAAACAAUUAAAAAAUAAAUAAAAAAAAUGCGCAUGGAAUAGCAUGCAUGAAGUCUAUCUCCCCACUGCAAAAACCACCCUUCUCCAAGCCGGUACCUUGAGAGAGGUCUUAAGAUAUAUAUAUAUAUUUUAAUUUUUGUUUUCCUGUUUAUAGCAUGUUUAAAAAUGUUACUUCUGAAUUUUUCUGUUGGUGGCAUUCAGGUUGUGGGGGGGAAAGUGAGAUAUAAAAAGCUUUAUAUACCUCUUCUGCAGUGACCUUUUUAUGGUGAGGUGAUGGUAAAUGAAAGCGAAUGAAACAGUGUCCUCCAGUUUAACCCUUCGGUCCAGCGGCCUUUAAUGCGCUGUUUGGCACCGACUUGGGACUACAUAUGUAUUCCAUAGAUAUAAAUAUUUUUUCCCUUAUUGCUGCGACACCAUGUGCUGCAGCAAUGCCUCUAAUAAUUUUUUGCACAUAUGAUUUUAUGCAUCAUCAAGAAAAAGUUACUGCUGCCUUGAAAGAAAAAUGUUCUGUGAAAAAAAAAAAAAUUUGCAAAAGCUUUACUAGUGUUUUUUUUUUUUUCUAUUGUAACCUUUUAUAAAGGCAGAAAUGGGUAUAAAAAAAAGCCUAGCAUGCUAAAUAUAUUUUUCAAAAGAAGCAAUAAUUUUACAUGUACAGAUAUAAAUCUAACCUUUUAAUACUGGUGAGAGCAACAGUUUACUUUGUACUUUAAAGAAUAGCUUUUUUUUUUUGUAGUAUCUGGGCUUAAGAUAAAAAUGUUGUUUUAAAAUAAUAAAGAGAAGCCUUUUUUUUUUUCUUUUCAUGUGCGUGUUUUUUCAAACAAUAUUUUAAUCUAGUUUGUUUUAUUGCAGAUCAUACCAAUAUUUGUAAGACCAUGUAUGGGUAUACCAGAAUUAUUUUUUUUGUUCUCCAUCCCCCCCAGAUAUAUAUAUUGAUUUUUCUCCGUAUUGCCUGGCUAGGCGAUAGCUUUGAGAUGCUUCGAUUUUGAAGUAUUUCUUUUGCUUAUGGAUGCAUUCCAUGUCUUAUAUGAAAAUAUAUGUAUAAUCCGGUUGCAUUUAAUUCCCCUUAGUGGACUGCUCCCUUCCCUUUGUCUAAUGUGAGUGUUUAGAAAGACGCAGUGAUUAAAUGCUAUAAUAUAUGGUCUGUUAUUAGCAAAACAUUGAAAACAUGACAACUAUGGUAUUAAACAGUCUAGCUUUCAGUGCUCUUACAAUUAAAUAGAGGUCCUCUUUCAUUUUGGCACAGUCUUGAAGAACAUCUGACACAUGGCAGGAAGCAUGACUGUCACUGAUGCUAUGUUGGUAUUAAUCAGCAAAGUUUACACCAUCAGUGUUUCUUUAUGGAGAACAACUGUAGGGGGAAAUGAUUGUAGGUAAUUACAUGCUGUGUACAGUUCAGAAAUGAGAUUCACAUAAUUGAGCAAGCAUUAAAAAUAAAUCUCCACGGAUCCUAACCAUUUUUUUUUUUUUUUGUGUAAUAUCACCCUAUUUAGUGGUGUAGCUUUUUUUGUGCUCUUAUUUUAUCAUCAGUAUUGUGUUGAUUUGUUAAUGUAGAAAUCUGCUAGACUAUAGUAUUUAAAAAUGAUUUUUUUUUUUGUUAUUUAUUUAGUCGACCUGUUUUGAUCAGCUUUUAAUUCCUUUUGGCCUGACACACUCCUGUUAACCAUCUGUGGACUGUUACAUCAAUUUUCCUACUACCUCUACCAAUCUACUGUUUCUCACUCAUUUUAACAGGUUAUUUUUUACAGCGCUCUAAUGUAAUUUACACAAUAAAAGGUUUGAUUGUUUACA